CGACGAAGGAGUUGCCCUCUCUCAACAGCAUCACAUUUAUGAUCACCUCAGACAAGAACGAUUUUGGAGAUAGAUGUAAAAGCUGCUUCAUGCAAUAUUAAUUUGAUGCAAAAUGCAACCCUUCUGAACAGUUUAGAAUAACUUUAUAAUGCGGGAAUUGCUCUGAGCUUUAAUUAUCAACGGAUGGACCUGGUGCCUGUCGGCUGAGACAUCAUUUACGAGCGGCGGUGAGACAGACGAGGCGGGACCGGGAUGGUGGAGCGGUCGGACCGAGCCCCUCUGCUGGACUGGGAGGAGAUUCCGUCCGCGGAGAAGCCCGGAGGAACAGUACCGGUGGCAGCACAGGUCAAGGACCGACUGGCGAGCCCCUCCAACAACCGUACCUCACCAGGAUGCUCGGCGCAGGGGUGGAGCAGCGGACCAGGGGGUCCCACUUCCAGCAGGUCUGUCCCCGACGGCUGCAGCGCCCCACCCGCGACCUCCAGCACCUCGGCGGGCAAUGAUGAAGCCCUGCAUGCCGACAACGAGGAGCAUCUCUCGGAUUCAGGAUCGACAGAGGAGUCGUUGGAUGACAGGAUGGUGAAAUGGGAGGAAAAGGACCAGAUCGUGUCGGUCUUUGUGGUUGCGUUCAAUACCAGAUCAGGAAACAUGCUGGAGUGGUGUCUGCCCAAAGACAUGGACCUGGAGGGAGUGGAGUUCAAAGCCAUCGCCAGCGGCUCCCACAGGGUCACCACAGACUUCAUAUACUUCCGGAAGGGCUCUUACUUUGGGCUCGCCUGCUUUGCCAACAUGCCGGUGGAGAGCGUGGUGGAGCGGGGCGCGAGGAUGAAGUCGGUAGGGAUCCUGUCGCCUUCCUACACCCUGCUCUACCGCUACAUGAGCUUUCUGGAGCAUCAGGUCAGGCUCCAGCUUCAGACCCCAGGCCACUACUCUCCUCUGGAGGCCUUCUAUGAGGACAAGAGAGCAAUACUGCCCCCCAGUGGUGAUGGUGUUGUUAGUGCAUGUCCAGCCAACGCCUGGGGGGCUGCAAUCAACCACAGCAUGCACCCUGAGAUGAAGAUCACCCACCCUGCAGGCUGCAUGUCCCAGUUCAUCCGCUUCUUUGGGGAGCAGAUCAUGGUGCUGUGGAAACUGGCUCUCCUCCGCAGGCGCAUCCUCAUCUUCUCCCCUCCACCUGUGGGCGUGGUCUGCUACAGAGUGUACUGCUGCUGUUGCCUGGCAAACAUCUCCAUCCCCGGGAUCGGCGUGGCUGUGCCUGAGUUCCGGCCCUUCUUCUACGUUAACGUGGCCGAUAUCAGCUCCCUGGAGAACGAGCUCUCCUACGUAGCGUGUACUACUGAGAAGAUCUUUGAGGAGAAGAAGGAUCUGUAUGACGUGUAUGUAGACAAUCAGAAUGUAAAGACCUACAGGGAUGGUUUGAAGCCUCUGCUCCGCCUCAGCACCGCAGACAGGGAGAAAUAUCGCAAACUCACAGAACAGAGGCAGAUGUUGCUGUACUCCCAGGAGGAGAAUGGAGACUGUGUGUCCAGUGAAGAGGAUCUAUUUAUUCUGUUUUUCCUGGAGCAGAACAACAGGAUUUUCCAGACCCUCAGCGAGGUGGCAGCGAGCCCCGAUCCCACGCUGACCCAUGAGAGUGUGAGGGCCAUGGGUCUGGAUCCCCAUGGAGACAGGCUCUUUCUGCUCCACCUGCUGGAGAUCUACGGCUACGACACCCUGCUGGUGUCCGAGCAGCUGUGCUGCAGUUGAGAGAUUAUGGACGGCUGGCUUUAUGGCUUUCAUCACUGCUGGUUUAAAAAAGGAGGUAGAUUUGCCUCGAGAGAAUGUUGAGUGCUGCACUACUGGCUUCUUGGAGUCUUACAGAUUGUUCCUUUUUUGUCGUAUAUCCCCCUGUGCUUAUUUUGUUCACCCUGGUUCUGCUCCCUCACAGCCUUAUGGCAGGAGCAACAAUAAGUAAACUCUCAUUUAUUAUAACAAGAAAUGUGGUCAGUUCUCUUUGAUACAGCAUCAUGCAGAUGGAUUACUCCCCCUUGGCUGAUUAAAAGUGAUUCUCUGGAUUGGAUACAGCUGCAGUAUUUCAACACUGAUGUGUGUUUGAAUGCUAUGGAUGGCAAAACCCAAAAGGAGAUCAAUAAAAGACUAAAGUGGCCUGGACUGCACUCAACAUCAAGUAGAGAGAGAAAGCAAGAGACGUCCCUCAAGAUGUCCUCCUGUGAUUUGGAGAAUUUCUGUGGACAAAACUGAGGAAUGAUGUACAAAAGUGAAGACGAGAGGUAGCCGUCCUGUAAAUAAUCCAGUUUUUUCCCCUUUAUGUAUAGUGUGUCAGAUUAUGUGUGAUAUGGGUCUGCCUCUCUGCCAAUGUUGCUUUCCUUGUAUCAAGUGCUGGAUUUAAACAUCUCAUUUUUUAAGCCUCCAUGUUGAAAUCAGGGCGUCCUUUCCUGAAACGUAUGUCACUACAAGCAGGUCAAACAACUUUUGUCUUUAAGAGCCAUGUCUGUAAGCACAGUGGUUUCACUUGACCAUAACCAGCUUGCCAUUUAACCUUAAGACAAAUCGUUUUUGCCCCGAGCUAAGACCAAAUCAGAUUUUCUAAUGAUGUCCAAAAGGUAAGGUUGAUUGUGUCCAGAGGUGAUUUGAAAUCUUAUUUGCACCGACGCUGUUCAAAUAUGUCUAGUUGUGUUUUUCAGCUCGAGUAUCAGGUUAUUGACAGCCCUUCAAGGGGUGAGUUGAAAACGUAAAAUGAUUCAGAGGCCCUGAGAUAAUUUCUUCAACAACUACUGUCUGCAGAUAAGAUUAUAGAAAAUCAGUUUAAACACAAUACUAUAACUAAAGCUUUUCACAUUUUGAAGCACACUUAGCAUAUGCUGUUGACAGGAAGUUAUCUUAUGUUGUGGAUUGCUGUGAAAACAAGGUGCUUGGCUGUUUAUCAGUUAAGUAGUGAGAACCUUAAAGCUGCAUUAAUCAAAAUGACAAUGGAGGAAACUUAAAUAAUGAAUACACAGCUCCGACAUGAUCUCUGGCUUAAGGUUUUUAUUGGCUAAUGUAUAAGCAAUAAUCAGACAUUAGCAUUCACGUGGAGUCCUGUUUCUUUUAGCUCUACUUUGGGCUUCACCAACUUCUGAGAAAAUUAGCUUUUAGCUGCAAGUUGUUCCACUGUCCUUACUAGCUAGCUCUAGCUGCUAACUUUGUCUCCUGUUGAGCGCUAUAUAGGUAGAAUACAAUAGCUUUAUGGGACAGUUUUGCUGAAAACAAGAGUCUGUUGACGGUGGAAACAUAAAACAUGUUCAAUAAAACUAUUACUAGUUAAACUUCAUAAAGCUUCAGGGAUUAGCUAGCUUGCAUUCCUAGCAAGUUUGUGAGCUACAUCACAUGUACUUAUUUGGGUCUCUGUUGUAAUAAAUCCUGAUUAAUGCAGCUUCAAGCAGUUUUUCCCUUUGAAGGGAUAUACGUUAUCAGCUUGCAUACCUCCAUUGAUCAGGUAUCGUUUUGAAAUGUGAUGGAACAGCAAUGUUCUCAUAAAUCAAUUUUUGGGGAGAAUAUCCUAAUCAGCAUGACGUUAAUGCAACGUGAAAACACAUGCGUCGAGAUAAAUUCUAUUGACAUGACAAAAAAGUCAAUUAUAGUGUUAACUUGUAACACUAUAAUUGACUUUUUUGUCAUUGUCAAUAGAAUUUGAAAGGAAUGUUUCUUCUUUCUGAUUGAAAAGUAUCUCACAAACACAUCUGUACAAAAAAACUAAUAAUUAGUAUUCUGGCAUUUUAUGUUUUACAGUGAUCAUUUUUUUAAACAUUUAAUUUUAGAAUUGAUUUAGCUGUGAAUUGUUUCAAGUGUCAAUAUUAAAUUGCUGUAACAUUA